AUGGCGCUUUCUCAAUGGUAUUUGGCUUCUGCGAAUCAAUUCCCUCUCACCUUUCUAGCACGAGAUGAGGUAUCUCCCACUGCCGCCUGUCAACAAUCGUGUGCGGAGUUGACAUUGGAAUUCGGGUCUGCCGUCCAUCCCGGUGGAAAUGAUUCUACUUUCGUGAUCUGGGAUGCGAAGCAACAAGAGGUUGUGCCAGCUUGCCGGGUGGAGCCCACGACUGCGGUCCAGGUUUCGAGGAUUAUCGAUAUCCUGAUUGGACAUUGGUGCCGAUUUGCUGUCAAAGGAGGUGGUCAUUCAACAAAUCCAGAUGCGUCCAACUCCAUCGGUGGUGUCACGAUCGAUUUGCAUAACAUGAACCAUGUCGAGAUCUUGGACAACAGCACGCGCGCCAACCUUGGGCCUGGCCUCAUCCUCUAUGAGGCCUACACUGCUUUGGAAAAGCACAACCUUACCACUGUUGCUGGGAGAGUUGCCGACGUAGGAGUUCCAGGUUUCACACUUGGCGGAGGGUUUUCUAACCUCGGACCACAAUACGGUCUGGCGGCCGACAACGUCUUCGAAUACCAGGUUGUGUUGCCAAAUGCAACGAUCGUUAAUGUAUCUGAGACUGUCAACCCCGACCUAUACUUUGCACUCCGUGGUGGCGGAAAUAAUUUCGGGAUUGUCACAAACUUUCAAGUUCGAGUGAUACCACAAGGAACGGUGAUGGGGGGCCUGAAGACUUACCAUGACAACUACACGGAUGCGCUUACCGAACAAUCAUACGAGCUCACAACGGUGUUAUCUAAUGAUACAUACAUGUGUUUUUCGAAUCGCUACUACUGGGAUCCGGAGCAAAAUCGCUAUCGGAUGACUUUCAACCAAGCAUAUACUAAGCCGGUUCUUAAACCAGCUGUAUUCGACGCCUUGAAUCAGAUACCAUUUGAGGAUAGCAAUAUUCGUCUCGAUUAUGUGAGCAAUUUUACCACUGAUGAAGUUGCUACGUACGGCUCAAGACGCGUCUAUGCCACAGUCACACAUCGCCCGUCCCAGAAACUACACAAGGAUAUAUUGCAAAUUUAUCGCGAUGAGGUUGAAGGUGUUAAAAACGUAGCCGGUUUUUCGUCGUCGAUAGUCGUACAGGCUCUGCAUCUGAAUGCAAUACAGGCCAUGAAGAACAGAGGAGGCAAUGCUCUCGGUGUCGAGUCUGAUGUGCCUCUUACCGUGGUACUUUUGACCCUAGGAUGGACAAAUAAAGUAGAUGACACCGUGAUGUACGCGUAUGCCGACAGAUGGGUCGAGCGAGCCACAACGGCGGCCACGGAGAUGGCUCUCCUGCAUCGGUGGAAGUACAUCAACUACGCUAAUUAUAACCAAGAUCCUUUUUCUGGAUACGGCGAAGAAAACAAGUUGAGACUUCAGAGGAUACAGAAAAGCAUCGAUUCGAAAGGCAUAUUCACGUCCCAAGGACUCUGUAGAGGUUCCUUCAAAGUCCUGUAG